AUGGUGCGCGUGCAGGAAACUUUUGAUGAGGCCGUCCGAGAAAACAUCGUAGAAUUUGACAUGGAGGCAGAGGAGGCUCUGAAAUCGGCCAUUGCCGAGUUUGAGGAUCAGAACGUGGACCUGUCCAACAUCAUCAAAUCUGUCUCAGGGGGCAACACGUCAGGGCACCCAGCGGCGGAGUGCUUGGCUACUGUGAAGACUGCUUCAGGUGCCGAGUUUGUCCAGGCCUGUCACCACCUGGUGUUGCUCUUGGAGGAUCCAGAGGGAGAAGCCUCCAACAUCCUGCUUCAGCGGGGAGCAGUGGGCGCUCUCCUGAGCGUUCUCGAGGCCGGCGGGGGCGCUGCGGACGCCGAGGGUGCAAGCGCGGGGCUGCGUGUCCUCAAGGCCCUCUUCGGCACACGCUCACACCAGACAGCAUGCCUGGAGGCUACUGGACCGCCCAUCCUCCAAGCCAUCGUGGCGAGACCGGAAAGCACAUUGGGUGUAAAAGCACUUGGCCUGGAGGCGGCCACGGCCCUGGCGCGCAAGCAUGAGGCCGGCAAGGUGGCAUUGCUGGUGGCGGGCAUGGCCUCUGCCGCCCUGCCCGUUCUGGAGUCUCUAUCGGCCAACGAGGAGUUGUGUGGCGUGGCGGCAGAGCACGGCGCUCUCGGCAUCCUGCUGCGCCACUUCAGCGCAGCCAGCAAAGCCGGGGAGGAGAGCGUCAUGCGGGCUGCCUGCGCCGCCCUGCGCCAGCUCUGCUCCUCCGACUCGUGCAAAGCCGCCUUCCUGGACCAGGAUGACGUGAUCCCACGACUCGCUUCCGCGCUCAAGCGGUACAACACACGGCCCCUCAUUACUGAACAGGUGCUGGGGCUGAUGACUAACCUUACCUUACGCAAUCCGGCCGCCUCCCUGGCUCUUGUGGGGGAGCGUGGGUGCCUGGACGCGGUCCUCAGGGCGCUCACUGCUGCAGCCAUGGAGCGGACCGCUGACCCACGGGCCGCCUCGGCGAUGCGGCAGGGAUGCAUGGCCAUCCGCAACAUGGCUGUCAGGUGUGAAGAGGCUAAGACAGAACUCCUUGCGCUGCAUGCUCAAGACGUGCUGUACUCCAUCAGGGACUCCUCGGCCCCAGGAGCCCUCCAGGACGCUGCAUCAGCGGCGCUGCGAGACCUGGGCAUGCUGGAUUAUCUGCCCAAAGCGCGAUAG